AAAGUACAGAAACUGUAGUCUGAGUUUUUGGACAAAAACAAAGCAAAGAGAGUUGAGUGAACGAGUUGAGUUGAGUUGGGAACGAGUUGCGAAGGAAGAAGAAGAAGAAGAAGAUGAGCGAGACAAGGCCAGUUCCACGAAGAGAGAGUCCAUGGGGAAUAACAGGAGAGAAUCAUCCUGAACCUAAAGCUCAUCGAUGCAAUGAUCGUGUUGAAGAUGUUAUACAGGCUUGCUUUGAGGGAAACCCGUUCAAGACUGUUCCAGGGCCUUUCAAGCUCUUCUGGCAGUGCAUGCGUUCUAAACCUGGCGAGGAACCAACUGAGCCAUUUACCUAUUUGGAUUUGGAUCCUCCAAAGAGAGCACAACCCGUGAAACUUGAGUAGUGCUACUUUCACAAAUACCUCCGUCAGAACAACUUUGGUAUUGCUUGAUCUUUGUGGUUUCAACUUUUUCAUCCAUGUUGUGGAUGGUUUAUGCGAAGAUUAUAUGUAAUUAAGUUGUCUUUGUUGUUUACUUCGCUUUGCAAAAUAGACAUCAUUUGCCGUUGUUCUGCACUUCGAUGUACUUGCCCAAUAAAACAUGGUCAGGUUCGUUCUUGAAUAAUAUACAUGACAGUCUAUUAUUGAUUA